AUGAAUCAGGCAGUCAAGGUUUUACAGCUCUUUAAAACACUGAACAGGACCAGACAACAAGUUUUUAAAAAUGAUGCCAGAGCAUUAGAAGCAGCCAGAAUAAAGAUAAAUGAAGAAUUCAAAAAUAAUAAAAGUGAAACUUCUCCUAAGAAAAUAGAAGAGCUAAUGAAAAUAGGUUCUGAUGUUGAAUUGCUACUCAGAACAUCUGUUAUACAAGGUAUUCACACCGGCCACAAUACACUGAAACUGGUCCCUAGGAAAGACCUUCUUAUAGAAAAUGUGCCAUAUUGUGACACACCAACUCGGAAGCAAUGAGUUUUCUAGGAUAAAAUAAGUCUUUGCACUUUUUCACUUUAAAAUCUGUAACACUGGCAAAAUCCUGGGAAUGUAGACAUCUUUCUCUGAACUGGCAUAUUGAAGAUGAAUGAAUUACAGAAUAACUUUAUAUUUAAAUUUCAUGUUGAAAGGUCAUUACUGAGAACUGAAGAACAUAAUUAAGUAUUUCUAAAGGAAAUA